UGCCUUACAAGCAUAUACGAAGCAUUUCCCGGGCACAAGCUUAUUUUUGGUCUCCCUUCCGAAAAUCCAACAAAAGCUCACAAAUCCUGAAGAUGGCGAACAAGCUUAUCAGUGAAAUGGGUCUCCCAAGAUCAAUUGCCAACAUAUUCGCCGCUCGCAAUAUCAUCACCUCGAAGAUCUGCUUUUUUGGCGCACACUGUUUGAUGCUAGAGUUAGCUGAAUUGCGGCAUCCUGUUGUAAUGAAGCUGUUUGGAUUUGGGGAUGAUGCACUUUCUCUGAGUGAGUUCGAGCUGAUGGAAUUGUUGGAUGUUGGGCUGGAAGAAGUAUUGCUAGCAGUGGCUCACAUUAGUGAAUUCACGUGCCCACAUUAUCAGACGGUGGGUUUUCUGGCUAUGUCACUGUUGGAUCAACGGAACCGUAAUGAGAACCUGGCAGGCCAUCUUCCAACACGCUUAAAAGGACUUGACGAGGCCCUCUGUGGCGGAAUACCAUUUGGCAUUGUCACGGAGUUGGUGGGUCCCGCCGGAAUUGGUAAAACACAGUUUUGCCUGAAGCUUGCCUUACUGGCGUCCUUGCCCACUUCUUAUGGAGGUUUAGGCGGCCGUGCAAUAUAUGUUGAUGUAGAAUCCAAGUUCAGUUCAAGAAGAUUGAUAGAAAUGGGGUUUAGUAGUUUCCCAGAAAUAUUUCAAAUGGAAGGCCUAGCUCAAGAGAUGGCUGGAAGGAUUCUAGUUUUGCGGCCAACGUCGUUAUCUGAAUUUACUGACACCUUGCAACAAAUAAAGGUUUCACUGCUCCAGCACAAUGUGAAGCUGCUUAUAGUAGACAGCAUGGCAGCUCUUUCUUCUGGGGACUUUGGUCAGGGACCUUCUAGACAACACCCGUUAGGUUGGCACAUCUCUUUUAUUAAAUCAUUAGCAGAAUGCUACCGGAUUCCCGUAGUUGUGACAAAUCAAGUACGAUCUCAAGGGCGUGAUGAAGCUUCGCGAUAUAUAUUUCAAGAUAGAUUGGACAGUGUUGAAGAUCGUUCCAAAUUCGAUUCUCAUCUUGUUGCUGCUUUAGGGAUUCAGUGGGCCCAUGCUGUUAGCAUCCGUCUUGUGCUAGAAUCUAGAUCAGGACAAAGGCUUAUAAAGAUAGCAAAAUCUUCAAUAUCUCCAUCGGUUGGAUUCUUCUUCAACAUAACUUCAUCAGGGAUUUCAUUACUUGAUGAUGAAGGAAUGGAGAUGAUGGGACCGGAGGCAAACACAAUACACUGCCAAGGUCAUAGUGCCUUAAUUAACAAUGACAUGGAAGUUCCGCAAUGAGUAAUCCUGAAGAGAGAUGACAUGAAAAAACAAGUGAUAUAUGCUGUUUAUGAAGAGAGGUUUGCUGUAGGCACGCGAAUGCAAAAAAUUCUUUUAAGGUUGUUGAUGAUAUAUGGACAGCUCUCGAAUUGAGUAACUCGUAUACUUCCUCCCGAUUUGUAUGCACAGUUACUUCUAAACUUGUCUUUAGUGGUAAGAUAGCUUCGCCUCAAAUUCAAGACUAUAAGUUCGAUCAAAAGUUCUAAACACAAAGAAUGCAGCACAAGUUGGAUAGCUAUGCAACUAUUUCUCUAUCUUAUACGGAACGAUUAAAUUUUGGUAUCUUGAUCAAUACCUUUGUAAAACUUUUCCUUGCUGCUUUAGCGUGCAUGUUAGAAUCAAGAACAGUUAGAGAUCAACUAAACAGUUAGCUAUAUUGUUUGUUCUGGGAAAAUUAAACAAAACUUGAAAAUGCAGCCAAGAAAGAAAAAGAGAGAUGACUACAUAUUUUACUGGUUGGUUUUUUAAUAUAAAAAACAACAUAAAUAUAAGCAUGUUAUUUGAUAGCAUAUGAUUACAUUUUUG